UCGCGCCCUCGCGCGCCUCCCUCCUCUCCGGGCAUUCAAACAGCUUCCCGACGUCGCCAGCCCAGGAUUUUUCGCCUCAGCUUGUCAGCCGCGCUCGGUCCAUCAGUACCUGGCAGGGAGGAGGGCCAGGGAGGAGGGCGCACCGAGCAAUUGCCUCCAGCGCCAGCCUCGCCACCGGCCGGGAGCACUCCUGUCACCAGCCCGCCGCCCAGCCCGCAGUCUCAGCCGCCGCCGCCGGCGGCCACUUCUCAGCGCUUUUUUGGCUUCUUGGCCAAUCCGUUUGCUGGGGGGGUGGUGGGUUUGGGAAAACACAUCUGCGCUCUCAAUCCACUUCCAUUUUUGUUAUUUGUUUUUUGUUUUUUUUGUUUUUUGUUUGUUGUUUCUGUCGAGUCCCCCUUCAGGGGGCCUCUCCCCGGCUCUCCUUUGGAGGCUUCAUUCACUUGGUUAAGGCGCAAGGCUCUGGCCACUGGGUACCCCCUUUUCUUAUGUCCCCCCUUUUUGCUUCUCGUAUGCGUGCAUUUUUUCCCCCAGUAAUAAAUCCUGUUAUUUGAAGCUGAGCCGGGGGAAAAAUGGGCAACGGUGAUUGGGACCGAAGGGGAGUCUCUCCGUCACUGUUGUUGGGACCUGUGCCUGUGUUGGUGUCUUAGACCAAAAGCCUCCCGGAGCUUUCGGAGUGGAAGGCCAAAUGACAUAGGAUGAAGGCUGUUCGUAACCUGCUGAUUUAUAUAUUUUCCACCUAUCUCCUGGUUAUGUUUGGAUUUAAUGCUGCCCAAGACUUCUGGUGUUCAACUUUGGUGAAGGGAGUCAUUUAUGGAUCCUAUUCUGUAAGUGAAAUGUUUCCCAAAAACUUUACAAACUGCACUUGGACGCUGGAAAAUCCAGAUCCAACCAAAUAUAGCAUUUACCUGAAAUUUUCCAAAAAAGACCUUAGCUGCUCUAACUUUUCCCUUCUGGCUUAUCAGUUUGAUCAUUUCUCCCAUGAAAAAAUAAAGGAUCUUUUGAGAAAGAACCAUUCUAUAAUGCAACUCUGCGGUUCCAAGAAUGCUUUUGUUUUUCUACAGUAUGAUAAAAAUUUUAUUCAGAUACGUCGAGUAUUUCCAACUGAUUUUCCGGGAUUACAGAAAAAGGUCGAAGAAGAUCAGAAAUCUUUUUUUGAGUUUUUGGUACUGAACAAGGUGAGCCCAAGCCAGUUUGGUUGCCAUGUCUUAUGCACUUGGUUGGAGAGUUGCUUAAAAUCAGAAAAUGGGAGAACAGAGGCUUGUGGAAUUAUGUACACAAAGUGCACCUGCCCUCAGCAUUUGGGAGAGUGGGGAAUUGAUGACCAGUCGCUGGUUUUGUUGAAUAACGUCGUGUUACCCCUGAAUGAGCAGACGGAAGGCUGCCUGACUCAGGAGCUGCAAACUACUCAAGUCUGCAAUCUGACCAGGGAGGCUAAAAGACCACCCAAAGAAGAAUUUGGAAUGAUGGGAGAUCAUACAAUUAAAAGUCAGCGACCUCGAUCUGUCCAUGAGAAAAGGGUCCCUCAGGAACAAGCUGACGCUGCUAAAUUUAUGGCACAAACUGGUGAAUCUGGUGUGGAAGAGUGGUCCCAGUGGAGCACAUGCUCAGUUACUUGUGGUCAAGGGUCGCAGGUGCGAACCAGAACUUGUGUAUCACCUUACGGGACACACUGCAGCGGCCCAUUAAGAGAAUCAAGGGUUUGCAAUAACACUGCCCUCUGUCCAGUACAUGGAGUUUGGGAGGAAUGGUCACCAUGGAGCUUAUGCUCGUUUACAUGUGGCCGAGGCCAAAGAACACGAACCAGGUCAUGCACACCUCCUCAGUAUGGAGGGAGGCCCUGUGAAGGCCCUGAGACGCAUCACAAGCCUUGUAAUAUUGCGCUCUGUCCAGUUGACGGACAGUGGCAGGAAUGGAGUUCAUGGAGCCACUGUUCCGUGACAUGUUCCAAUGGAACCCAGCAGAGGAGCCGGCAAUGCACGGCGGCUGCUCACGGAGGCUCUGAGUGCAGAGGACCGUGGGCGGAAAGCAGAGAGUGCUACAACCCCGAAUGCACAGCCAAUGGUCAGUGGAAUCAGUGGGGUCACUGGAGUGGAUGUUCCAAGUCCUGUGAUGGAGGCUGGGAGAGGAGAAUGAGGACGUGUCAGGGUGCAGCUUUAACAGGACAGCAGUGUGAAGGAACAGGGGAGGAAGUGAGACGGUGCAGCGAGCAGCGGUGCCCAGCACCUUAUGAAAUAUGCCCAGAGGAUUAUCUGAUAUCGAUGGUGUGGAAAAGAACUCCUGCAGGAGACCUGGCAUUCAAUCAAUGUCCUCUGAAUGCCACAGGCACCACUAGCAGACGCUGCUCACUCAGUCUUCAUGGCGUGGCCUUCUGGGAACAGCCGAGCUUUGCAAGAUGCAUAUCCAAUGAGUACAGACACUUGCAGCAUUCAAUUAAAGAGCACCUUGCGAAGGGGCAGCGGAUGCUGGCAGGUGAUGGAAUGUCCCAGGUCACCAAGACGCUGCUGGAUUUAACCCAGAGGAAGAAUUUCUAUGCAGGUGAUCUUCUAGUGUCUGUGGAAAUCCUCAGAAAUGUGACAGAUACGUUUAAAAGGGCAAGUUACAUCCCUGCAUCGGAUGGUGUCCAGAACUUCUUUCAAAUAGUUAGCAACCUUCUAGAUGAAGAAAACAAGGAGAAGUGGGAAGAUGCCCAGCAGAUUUAUCCAGGCUCAAUAGAGUUAAUGCAGGUGAUUGAAGAUUUUAUACACAUUGUUGGAUUGGGGAUGAUGGACUUUCAAAACUCAUACCUAAUGACUGGAAAUGUAGUGGCUAGUAUUCAGAAGCUCCCUGCAGCCUCUGUUCUAACAGACAUCAACUUCCCGAUGAAGGGUCGGAAAGGGAUGGUGGACUGGGCAAGAAAUUCCGAAGAUCGAGUCGUUAUCCCUAAAAGCAUUUUUACUCCUGUGUCAUCAAAAGAAUUGGAUGAGUCAUCUGUAUUUGUUCUUGGAGCAGUCCUAUAUAAAAACUUAGACCUCAUUUUACCCACUUUGAGAAAUUAUACUGUCGUUAAUUCUAAAAUCAUCGUGGUCACAAUCAGGCCUGAACCCAAAACAACUGAUUCAGUUUUGGAGAUAGAGCUAGCUCACUUGGCGAAUGGCACUUUGAAUCCCUAUUGUGUGUUAUGGGAUGACUCAAAAUCGAACGAGUCUUUGGGAACGUGGUCCACCCAGGGAUGUAAAACUGUGCUUACCGAUGCAUCCCAUACGAAAUGCUUAUGUGAUCGGCUCUCUACCUUCGCCAUUUUGGCUCAGCAACCUAGAGAAAUAGUCAUGGAAUCUUCUGGGACCCCUUCAGUAACUCUCAUAGUAGGCAGUGGCCUCUCCUGCCUUGCCUUGAUCACCUUGGCAGUUGUCUAUGCAGCCUUAUGGAGGUACAUCCGCUCUGAGAGGUCCAUAAUUCUAAUUAACUUCUGCCUGUCGAUCAUCUCAUCCAAUAUUCUUAUACUGGUUGGACAAACCCAGACACACAAUAAGAGCAUCUGUGCGACCACCACUGCAUUCUUGCAUUUUUUCUUCCUGGCUUCAUUCUGUUGGGUUUUGACAGAAGCGUGGCAGUCAUAUAUGGCUGUAACCGGAAAAAUCAGGACGCGGCUUAUUCGGAAACGCUUUCUGUGCCUUGGAUGGGGACUGCCAGCUUUAGUAGUAGCCACAUCUGUAGGCUUCACCAGGACGAAAGGAUAUGGCACGGAUCACUACUGCUGGCUGUCACUUGAAGGAGGACUGCUCUAUGCCUUCGUUGGACCUGCAGCCGCUGUUGUCCUGGUCAACAUGGUGAUUGGCAUUUUGGUAUUUAAUAAACUUGUUUCCAGAGAUGGAAUCCUAGAUAAAAAGCUCAAACACAGAGCCGGUCAGAUGAGUGAGCCUCAUAGCGGUUUGACGCUCAAAUGUGCCAAGUGUGGAGUAGUUUCUACAACAGCUUUGUCAGCCACCACCGCCAGUAAUGCCAUGGCCUCACUCUGGAGCUCCUGUGUAGUGCUGCCCCUUCUGGCUCUGACAUGGAUGUCCGCAGUUCUGGCCAUGACAGACAAACGUUCCAUAUUGUUUCAAAUCCUUUUUGCUGUGUUUGAUUCAUUACAAGGCUUCGUGAUAGUCAUGGUCCAUUGCAUUCUUCGGAGAGAGGUACAAGAUGCAUUUAGAUGCCGGUUGAGAAACUGUCAGGAUCCGAUCAAUGCCGAUUCUUCAAGUUCUUUUCCUAAUGGGCACGCUCAAAUCAUGACAGAUUUUGAAAAGGAUGUAGACAUUGCUUGUCGAUCAGUGCUCCAUAAGGAUAUUGGUCCUUGCCGAGCAGCAACAAUAACAGGAACACUCUCCAGGAUCUCUCUAAAUGACGACGAGGAAGAAAAGGGAACGAACCCUGAAGGGCUCAGCUAUUCAACAUUGCCUGGGAAUGUCAUUUCCAAAGUCAUCAUCCAACAGCCCACGGGCCUGCACAUGCCCAUGAGUAUGAAUGAGCUGAGCAGUCAGUGUCUGAAAAAAGAGAACAACGAACUGCGGAGAACUGUGUACUUAUGCACGGAUGACAAUUUACGAGGGGCCGAUAUGGACAUAGUCCACCCUCAAGAGAGAAUGAUGGAAAGUGACUAUAUUGUGAUGCCUCGAAGCUCUGUAAAUACUCAGCCAUCAAUGAAAGAGGAAAGCAAGAUGAAUAUUGGCAUGGAAACCUUGCCGCAUGAAAGGCUAUUGCACUACAAAGUGAAUCCUGAGUUCGGUAUGAAUCCCCCUGGCAUGGACCAGUUCAAUAUGAACCUAGAUCAGCAUCUUGCACCCCAGGAACAUAUGCAGAGUUUACCCUUUGAGCCUCGCACGGCUGUGAAGAAUUUCAUGGCCUCCGAGUUGGAUGACAACACAGGACUGUCAAGAAGCGAAACUGGAUCUACGAUAUCCAUGAGUUCUCUAGAGAGAAGGAAAUCACGGUAUUCCGACCUUGACUUUGAGAAGGUCAUGCACACGAGGAAGAGACACAUGGAGUUGUUUCAGGAACUCAAUCAGAAGUUUCAGACUUUGGACAGAUUUCGGGACAUACCAAAUACAAGCAGUAUGAUUUGUUUUUCUCCUCAACAGGAGAACCCUGCAGCAAACAAGAACCCAUGGGACACUUUCAAGGCCCCCAGCGAAUACCCACAUUACACCACAAUCAAUGUCCUAGACUCGGAGACAAAGGAUGCUCUGGAGCUGAGGCCUGCAGAGUGGGAGAAAUGUCUGAAUUUGCCUCUGGAUGUGCAAGAGGGUGACUUUCAAACAGAAGUGUAACACAAUCAAAGCGCACUGAGGUGGAGACACAAGCAGAUACACUGACACUGAGACUUGGGAAGCCUGACGUUUCCACCAGGACAGUGUGACUCUUCUCUGUCAGGGCCUUCCUGUGCCAGCAUCAGUGUUUCCGUAUGGUAAUUUCUCACUGGUCAGGCUAGUGGAGAGACGGCCAAGUGUACAGUUCUCACCACCCCGUGUUGUAAGUACCCGUGGAAUGGAUUUGUAAGGCAAUCUUUAUAGAUAAACCUCAAGCAACGAUUCAUGUUGUAACAGCUUCAUGUGGUUUAGUUUUCAGAAAACUUCACCAUGAAGCACAAUGUAUAUAUUUAUGCAGUUUUUAAAGUUUAUAACAGUCUGUUUGGCCAUUACUACACUUUUUACUUUAUAAUAUAAAAGCAAAAGUUUUUGUCAUUAAAUGAAUGUUUGUUGAGCUACAUUCUUCAUUGCUUUAAAUGCAAUAAAGUAAUAAUCUCACUUUUAUAUGAAUAAUAUAUUUCACAUCUUUAUUAUUGCAGUUUUCUCUAGAAGGCUCUGAGUAGCUUUCUCUGCUGCAGCUGUGUAUAAAAUAUUUAAAAUGUUGUAUGGUGUAAAUAAACUUUUGUCUACAUAUCA